AUGAUCAAUUUAGCAGCCAGUGUUCGAAUUGUAAGUGAUUUUUCUGGUCGGAGGUUUUUUCCGGCAUUUUUUUUUGGUUUUUAGGUCGUUUUAGGUCAGGAGUAAUAGAAAUGAUGGAUAAAAAAUGGCGUAUUUCAUCACCUAAAAAUUCCAAAUGAACGAAAUUUGUAGUUCAAGAUGUGAGACUGGAGUUGACAAUAUGGGCUUUUGUUUGGCAGCAAUUUUUCCGUUAAAAUCGUAAUUUUUGGCGGAAAAUGUCAUGUUGAACAUGAUGAAUGGAAAAAAUGGGAAAUUUCGUCAUUGAAUAUGGUGGAAAUGGGUUUGUGAGGUAUAGGGACUCGCAAACUAACUUUAAAAUACAACGUUGACUUCUCUCCGCAUAUAUUUUUGUUAAAAAUUAAGGUUUUUUGAGGUGAUGUCGUCGGAAUCAUGGAGAAGAUCAAAAUUUGCGAUUUUUUUCGUCGAAUCUUCAAAAAAAACUCUAGUAUUUUCUUUUAGGAAGAGCAAUUUGCCUCGACAGUACCGGAAAUCCUCCUUCCAGUCGCGCAGCCCGACGCUUCGAACCUAUCUCAGUGGAUUGUUAGAGCUGAAGCUCUCUCAAAUUUGUUUCAAUCCCUAGUCACUUCGAAUUCCAACGUCUUCUGGUCCACGAUAUGUCUUCGUCCGGUGAUUCUCAGAGAGAUCGACCACACUUUGGCCAACUUCCCAUUCUUCGAAGACCUCGAGGACGGAUCGAUUUUGCGAAGAGCGGGUCAAACCAAGAAAAUUGUGAAUAUUUUCCAAAAUUUGUGGAUUGUUUUUGUCCGAUUGACUGUGAAUUGGGAGUCUGAGGUGAGUCUUUACUUUUUUGAGCUUUUUUUUGUUUUUAGAAUCGACAUUUUUAUAUUAACUUACCUUAUUCAAGGGUGUUUCCGAAGAAGAAUAUAAAAAUAAAGCUGCGGAACACAAAAUCAUCACGCUGGAAAGGCUGAGGCUGGCUUCUGGAUUGUUCAGCAAGAAUUUCCCGGAGGUGAUGAAAAGAAUCAUCGCAAGAAUUCGCAAAAUUUUACCAAGUUUGUUCAAUUCUGUGCAAAAAGAUCUGGAGGAGUUUCAAAAUGUAAAAAUUUUUUAAAAAUCUGUUUUGUUAGCUCUUUAAUGAGCAUGAAAGAUCAUUUUAGUAACAUUAAAUUAACUUUCAGCACCUCCAAACCUUGUCCAUUGAGGUCCGCUCAACUCAUAAUCGGAUCUCAACUCAUGAACCCCGAAAAACCGAAAAUGUUUUGGAGUUUCUGGCGACAUUGGAAGGUUAUCGACGCAGAAUUUUUUCUUGGUCUGAAUUUCUCAGGUUCUUCCCGGAAAUUCGAUGUUCCGAGGAAAUGGCGGGCAUUAUUGCUGAGGCUUCCCAAGUCAUCGAUGAGUCAUUAAACUCGAGAAUUGUGAUGAAUUUGGGCGCGGAGUCGCAGGAAAUCGCAAUGUAAGUGGUUUUGAGCUACUUCGGAGGGAUUUGUGACAAGAAUUUGAAAAAAAAAAUUAUUUUUUUGACAAGAUUACCUUAUUUUUGAUGAUUUUGGAUAAUAUUUAGGAUUUUUUUGAUGAGUACUUGUGUUUUUUUUGCAUUUUUACUACUAAUUUUUAAUAAUAAUCUGCAUUUUCAGCUCUCUAACCCGUCAAAAAGCCGCCGUUCUCCAAGCCCUGACCCAUCUUUUUGUCCGGUUUUACGAACGAUCCGAUGAAACCGAACGAAUCGAACUUUUAUUUGGCCUACGCGAUCAGUCAACGUAUGUUUCGAUGGCUUGAUUUUUAUCGGAUUUUUUUCGCUCCGUUCGCAAAGUUGCUGGAGUGAUUUUCGGCGACAUGCACUGUGCAGAAAAAGUCAGGGUGCGGGCGACAACCCAAAAAAGCCGAUUGCACAGUGCAAAAAACCGAAAAUUGCACAGUGCAAAGUGAAAUUUUGUUUUCGCGACAUGCAUUGUGCGAAAACAAAAGUUCACCUUGCACUGUGCAGUUUCUUGCUUUUCGCACCGUGCAAAAGGCUUUUUCGGGCUGUCGCGCGCACCUUGAUUUUUUUCUGCACCGUGCAUGUCGCCGAAAUUAUCGGUCUGUCGGGAAAAAAACGGCGAUCGUCGCGCCUCCGAAUCGCCCAUCAUCGCUUUGCGACUGCAAGCCGCGGCUUGGGAUUUGGUGCGCGACAGCGGCGAGGCGAGACAUUUUGAUGCGACGAUCCGCCGUUAUUUUUCCGACAGACUGAUACAUCAGCGACCAUCGCUUUUUCAAAAGUGCGUAGGCUUUUUUCGGCCUGUUUUCGCACCGCACAGUGCAAGUUGCGCGACGUUAUCCUUUUCGAAAAAUUUCGCACUGUGCAAUUUCUUUUCGCUCCGCCCAAAAUCGCGAUUUUUUUCCUUAUGCUUUUUUAAUUUUUAAUUCGAAAUUUUAUAAUUUACCCCCUUUCAGGCUCCUUUGCCGACUUGAAGAUCGUCUCAAAAUCAAGGACAAACUGCCAUAUCUAAUCGAGAAGUCCCAAAUGCCCGAUCACGGCGCAAUUAUCAAACGAGAAAUCGACAAAGCCAUGGAAAAGAAGUCCAGAGAGGUGGUGGAAAAUCUCGAAAAUUCGGGGAUGUUGGCUCAUCUCGGCGAUUUCAUAAACCCAGUAGUUCAGGAGAAUGUGGGAACGCUGAAGGAUAUUGUUCCAUAUUCGACCGAAUUUUUGCAUGUAUGUUGGGAAAGGGAGGGCUUUUUGAAUACGAAGAGGCCCUGGGGGUUAAUCAAAUCGUAUAAAAUUACAGUACAGCCUCUGCGCAACGAAUCGCAAUGGGCAAAAAGAUUUGUUUGUUAUAGAAGGGAUUUGUUCUAUGGCCGUUCAUUUUUGGCCUGAAAUUGCCUCUUAACACCGCAAAAAAUGUUCGUUAUAUAAAGGUUUUGUGGUAUGGCAUGUAUGUUGGAAAGGGAGGGCUUUUUGAAUAAGAAGGGGCCCUGGGGUUGAUCAAAUUGUAUAAAAUAACAGUGCAACCUCUGCACAACGAAUUAAAAAUGACUAAAAGAUUUGUUUGUUAUAGAAGGGUGUCGCUAUAUGGCCGUUCAUUUUUGGCCUGAAAUUGCCUCUUAAGACCGCUAAAAGUGUUCGUUAUAUAAAGUUUUUGUGGUAUUGCAUGUAUGUUGGGAAACAGAAGGCUUUUAGGAUACGAAGGGGACCUUGAGGGAUUCGUUAAAUCGUAUAAAAUUACUGUGCAGCCUCUGCACAACGAAUCGCAAUGGACUAAAGAUUUGUUUGUUAUAGAAAGGCUUCGUUAUAUGGACGUUCAUUUUUGGCGUAAAAUUGCCUCUUGAGACCUCUAAAAUUGUUUGCUAUAGAAAGGUUUUGUUGUAUUGGAGUGGGUUGUGGAGGAUCCUUAUUGUGAUAACUCUGCACAACCACUCCCGUACACCAAAAAAAAGAACGGUUUUAGAGAUCUCAAGAGGCAAUUUCAGACCAAAAAUUAACGUCCAUACAACGAAACCCCUUUAUAACAAACUCAUCUUUUAGUCCUCUGCGAUUCGUUGUGCUGAGGCUUCACUGUAAUUUUAUACGAUUUAGCGAACCCCUCAAGGUUCCCUUCGUAUUCUAAAAGCCCUCCGUUUUCCAACAUGUAUGCCAUAUAACGAAACCUCUCUAUAACUGAGGUUUCGUAAUGUUUUUUGUUUUUGUCCCUUGCGAUUCGUUGCACAGAGUCGACGAAUUUUUUCAACGGUUGUAUUUUUUUCAGCUAGUCUUCCGUCAUUAUGGGUAUGAUUUGGAGAAAUCAAUUGCUGCUUUAAUGGAGCCUGACCAGAAUUUGCCUUUCAAUUUGAGACUUUUACUCAAAGAUUCAAGCAAUUUGAAAGCCGCCAAGCCCUCGCAAAGACAGCAGAUCAACUUGAAGGAGAUUUAUGAACAAGGUGAAUAUAAAUUUUAAGAUUUUUGGAAAUUUGAAAAAAAAAGUUUUUUUGAAAAAUUAUUUUUUUUUUUGAAAAAUUUAUUUUUUUUUUGAAAAAUUAAUGUUUUUUCCAGACAGUGAAGCCGACUCCGACCACGAGGACGACGCUGACGCCGCUCAAAAAGCCCAAAACAUUGAUAUCGUCCAACUCCUGACCGGCCCCGUCUCUUCCAAGGCUCCGCUUGGCCCAGUUUUAACUGAAAAGGAGAUAAAACAACGGAAAAUUGAGGAAAAAUUAAAUAAGCUGAUGAAAACCUCCGGCGAUCUGUUCAACUUGCGGCAUCUUCAUGGAGUCGUCGAAAAAAUGCAACAGAUAAAGUCGGAUCAAAAAAUUACCGUCAACGUGGGUGGCAAGGAGUUUGCCAAGUUCAGGAAAGGAGCGUAAGUGGAAUGGAGAGGGUUUUUAGUGGUGGAAAGGAUUUUUUUAUUUGAAAAAGGCCUUUCGAGCGGAAAAAUUAUGAUUUUUGGAAUAAUUAGGAAUGUUAGCGGACUUUGCGAUGAUUUUUUUUCAAGUUUUUACUAUAAAAAAUUUCCAGUUAAUACAGCGGCGGAGCUGAUCCAACGGCAAACUUUUUCUCAUUUUUCAGCUCCAAAAUUUAAACCGUUGAAUACCUAGGCUCUACGUGAAAACGGGGACUAUAAUUUUCAGGAAUUGAUAUGCAGUGGCUGACCUGAUCCAGUGGCAGAAAACGUACCAUUUUGCAUCCGGGAAGUAUUGAAAAUGCAACAAAAUGCCUCCCUCUCCACGUGAAAAAAACUUCUGUUUGAAGGCUUCUCUCACAAAAAGAGCGGGCGCGCUUUUGAAAUCGUAGUUUUUUCACUUGGAUAGGGAAGCAUUUUGCCAUGUUUUUAAUACUUCCCGGAAACAAAAUGGCACGUUUUUUGCCACUGAACCAGGUCCGCUACUCUGAUGCUUAAAAUUUUUAAAAAUCUCACAUUUUUCUUAUAAAUUUUUUUUUCGGUAUUAAAAUUUCUCAUUAGAGAGGUGUUUUUAAAGGGUCAUGUUGAAAUUUUUAUUUUGCAGAAUUGACGAUGAACUGGAUGAAGCGGAUCGAACCGCAAUUAAAGAGAAAUCAACCGCGUACAAGUACGAACUUAGCGAUGAAGACGAUGAGGAUGGCCGCUAUGAUCUGGACGCCAAGUUUCGCGACGAAGUUGGGGCGUCCGGACGGUUUAAUCGGGGCGAAGUUGUGGCAGUCUCUACCAGGCAUUUUGUUGAUGAAGAAGAUGAAUAUGACGACUCGUAUGAUGAUGUGAAAAUCGCGGUGGACGAGAAUGCCAGGUAAUUUGGCCAUUUAGAAGGGAUUCAGAGAGAUUUUGAAAAAAAAAUCCAAAAAAGAAGUCAUGAUGACAUUUUAAAAUUGGAUUUUUUUUUGAUAUUUUGUUUGGUUUUGUGGAUUCUAGAGGCAUUCUAGAGGAUGUAAAAAAUAUUUUUAAGAGUGAAAGUCUUUGUCUGGCGACAAAAAACGAGAUUUUUCCCCAAAAUUUUCGAAAAAUUGGAAUUUUCAAAAUUUUUUUCUAUUUUUUUUCUUUCAGAAUCCCGGAAGAACGCCAUAAAGCUUCGGAAUAUGGGUACGAAGGAACGCAAGCCAGUGGUCCCGCCGGCGGUUAUGCCGAAGAACACGAACGCCGUCAAAAGUUGAACAAGUACAAUAUCCCCGAAUUAAACCGACCAAAUGCGAACCGUCCCCCGGAAAAAGCCCCCAAAAUUUAUGUGGCAAGGCCCCCGAGAACGGAUCAGAAACAGCAGAGUCAAGCCGGACCUUCAGGCAAUCCACAGCCGAGGUCCCAAAAAACGAGCGCUUUCCAGCCGACCGCCGCGACUUCGGCCACCAAAAAGGACGGAUAUACGGGCGGGAAACAGCGAUUGAACAAGGAGAGGAACAAGAAUAAGCACAAGCAAAGAGGUGCUGACAAGAAAAUGGCCCGAGCUAAUCCGUUUUGA